UGGCAGGCACCUCUCCAUGUGCCUUCAACUCGCGUGUAUGACUUCAUUAAGUUAAAGCCCGGACAGACCAUUUCCGCCUCUGUUUGCGCACGCAACGAGCCGGAUGUUGCAGUGAAAUUUGAAUACGUUGGCGCUCUCAGCCCCGUUGAGACGGUGUCGACACCCCUUUUGCAUGGAGGUAUGAAGAAGCCAACGUUCGAGGCAAAGUACUACGCAGAGGAGCAGGAAUUGCACCUAUUGAUACACGAGCCCGAGAAUGUGGACGGCGAAUUUGGCGGCAUUGAGAUCUUCACGAAGAGUGGCACCAACCUUGAGGAAGCCGAAUGGCGCUCAUCAGUCGUGCUGCAGCAAUCGGAGCGAUCAUAUGUAAUAGAGAAUGUGAAUCCAUCAACAGCCUAUGCAGUUACAGUGCAAGGACACGUGUUGCCCGAUCGGGGUAGUGAGAUGGCUGACCCGUUGGAAUUCGAGAUAUUGCCUCGAGAAUCAAGUGUUCCGCGAAAUGUGGUACUCAAAGCUGUUGACCCUUUUACGGUGCGUGUUGCAUGGGAUCCACCAGCCCAGCCCUACGGCAGUAUUAUCGGAUACACCAUAGAAUGGAGCGUCGAUAAUGCAUGGAAGAAGAGUGUCCACCUCGUCUUAAGUCGUGUCCACUUCUUCUCGAGGUUGGAACCAGGACAGACCGUUUCCGCUCUUGUUUGUGCACACAAUCGGCCCAAUGUCUCGACCAAAUUUGAGUACAUCAGUGCCUUCAGUCCAAUCCAAACGGUAUCUACGCUGCGUCUGGAAUGA